AACACAUGGCAGGGAGAGGAGGUCGAGGCAAAAUAUCAUAUGUUCAGCAGAAUGAGCCCGAUUUUAUCCGAAAAUUCAAACAGAGGGUGGGUUACAAAGAAGGUCCAUCAGUGGACACCAAGCGUCAAGAGCAAGAUCUAAGUGAUGAUGAUAUUGUUGAUGGAGAAGAUGAGAAACCUGUUGUUGUUGUACUCCGGGAUGGUGAUCUGACAGCUGAGGAAGCUGCUCAGCUUCAGAAUGGGGAAAGCAUAAAAGCUGAAGAUGAUCCUCCAGCGGAUGGUAAAAUUUUGUUCAAGAAACCAGCGAAAAGAAGGGCUGAGAAUAAUAAACAAACUGAAGAUAACAAAGCCUCAGAUGACACACGUAAAAAUGCAAAAAAGAAAAAAUCUCGAAAAAAGAAGACGUCCAAUUUGCUAUCAUUUGAUGAAGAGAAUGAUGAUGAUGGACAAGAGAGUUAAAAUAUUUGAUCAGCAUCUUACUAUCUUCAGAAGCUUAUGUGUCAGAAACAUUUCUCAGACACUCACACAUUAACGUUUCACUCACUUAACAUUAUUCUGAAGAAACUCAUUUUAAUUUGUCAUGCAUCUGCAUCAUGAUAUUAAGGUAAUAAAUUUUGUCGGAAGUACAUAAGUGACCAUGUUAUAUUUUAGCUUAUGUAUCUGUACUCUGCCCAGUCUGACUGAUCACUGACGCUGUGUUGUUGGGUAGACACUCUAGCCUUUGACAUGUAUCGCUUUGGUCCAGGUUAGAUCACAGCUUCAUAGGCAAUAGCUUUGUGGGUUCUGUCUAGCCAUCCCACCCAUGGCAGACUUAUCAGUAAGUGCUCAGUGGAGUAAAAACUUUACAGGAUGUGCUCAUAAAUUGGACACACCCAGAGUUGUUGUGGAGUUGUGACUUCAGAGAGCUAAAUGGACUGGUCUUGGCACCUUGCGAAUAGGUCCUGGAAAUAUGGUACUAGAAAUGUAUUUAUACUAAGCAACUGUGGGAGAUAAUUUGUCUGCAAGUCUGGAUCAGCACUGUCUGCUUUACCAAAUACAAUGUUACCAUGACCCAGAGGUAAGCUGUUUGUGUGAUUGUAUGCUCUGAUCAAUGUGUGUUGACAUAUGGAGAUGGGGAAACAUAUAAAGAGGGUGUAAGAGACAUACUGAUGUAUUUCUGAUAUUAUUUAUUAGCUAAUCUAUACAUUAUACUGUUAGAUGUUCUGCAUCGUUGACUCUGAUAUCAUGUAACACUGUGCAAUAUACAUGGUGUCCCAGAAGUCUGGCACCAUCCUGGUUUUAGUUUUUUCUGUAUUUCAGAUUUUAUACCGAUUUUAAUUUUUUUUUUUUCUUUCUUUCAGAGUUAAUUAUGACUAAUAAACUAACAG